CAAUUCACCGCAGACUUUCAUUUUGAUCGGAAUAUGGGAAUCCCGAGCGACGACGUCGUUGUAUUCCAGAAAGCUAAACGUCCUGGCGAGGCUUCCGUCAUCACCGUUAAUUGUCCGGAUAAGACCGGCCUGGGAUGUGAUAUUUGCAGGAUCAUCCUCGAUUUUGGGCUCUGCAUCAGAAAAGCUGAUUUUUCAACUGAUGGGAUAUGGUGCUACGUUGUAUUAUGGGUGGUUCCUCAUUCUAACUCAACAACAGUGAAAUGGUCGAAUUUGGAGAACCAGCUCCUAUCCGUGUGCCCGUCAUGUUCUGUUCCGUAUCACUUCUACCCCCAGACUACAUGUUCCUCGCCCCCUGCAGUUUAUCUAUUGAAGUUUCUUUGCUCUGACCGUAAUGGAUUAUUGCAUGAUGUCACUGAAAUUCUGUCUGAUCUUGAGCUUUCGAUUCAAAGGGUGAAAGUGACAACAACACCAGAUGACAGGGUCUUGGACCUGUUCUUCAUAACAGAUAACAUGGAUCUUCUGCACACAAAGGAGCGGCAAGAUAAGACAUUGAAACAGUUGCAAGCCGUAUUGGGUGAGUCGUGUACCAGUUGCGAACUUCAGUUGGUAGGUCCCGAGUAUGAUCCCCACCAUGGCAUUCCUUCUCUGUCUCCUGUAGUAGCUGAAGAGCUAUUUAGGUGUGAGCUGUUGGAUAAAGAAAUCCGUUCUCAAGCACUUAGUCCUGAUAUGACGAAAUUGAAGAACGCUAAUGUAACAAUAGACAACUCAUUGAGCCCAGCACAUACAUUACUUCAGAUCCACUGUGCUGAUCACAAGGGUCUCUUGUAUGACAUUAUGAGAACUUUGAAAGACAGCAACAUCAAGAUAGCUUAUGGUCGAUUUUCUCCAACUACAAAAGGGUAUCGGGAUUUAGACCUUUUUAUUCAGCAAAAGGAUGGGAAAAAGAUUCAGGAUCCGGAGGCGCAGAGUGCAUUGUGUUUGAGUUUGAAGGUGGAGAUGCUUCACCCACUGCGUGUUAUCAUUGCAAACCGAGGGCCUGAUACAGAAUUGUUGGUUGCUAAUCCAGUUGAACUAUCUGGAAAGGGGCGACCACUAGUUUUCUAUGAUGUUACUUUGGCUCUAAAAGCACUGAGGAUCUGCAUUUUCUCGGCUGAAAUUGGAAGGAUCUCAGCAUCAGGUCGUGAAUGGGAGGUGUAUAGUUUUCUGUUGGAGGAGAAUUCCAAAUUUCAAUUAUCAAACAUGGUUGCUAAGAAUCAGAUUGUAGAUAGAGUUAGAAGAACACUGAUGGGAUGGUGAGUAGAAUUAUCAUCUUUCUACCGAGUCUUAAUGUAUCUAUGAGCUCUCUGUAGCUACCCUCCUGGUGGGGUUGAGGCUUAAAAUCUCUGAUGAAUGACCUAUGUUGAAUUCUCUUGAAAUGAACAUUGUGUUUCGGUCCUGGCCGCAAGCAUGCAGAUUCCUGUUUCA